AUGUCCCGUACUUUGGGAACAGCAUUCCUGAAUCACCAGGUCGAACAGCUUGAGAAAUCCGUCACUCGUGGGCCCCCGGAACCUAUAAAAAGUUCCUUGGUCCGUCUAAGAACACUCGCUCCAUUGCUCACAGAGCCUUACAAUGAGGCCUUGCACUUGUCUAACAAUGUUCGCCUUACUGCCGAGACGGCUCAGCGUCUCAGCGGACGUAUGAGUCUGCUUGACGAAGAAAUGAGGCGCGUUACAGAAGCUACUGAGAGGGUAGGACAGGUGUUGGAGCUGAAGUCUUGCUUGACCCAACUUCAAUCUUGCAUCCUCAGUCAAGAUUGGGAAUCAGCUACUAGACAUUAUUCUCGUGCAAUGAGUCUACCAUCUCACGUAAUAAACGGAGCCUUUGCUGAGUCUGUCAUACCGACUUCAGAACAUCCUCUUCCGCCAGCUCAGGCACUGCAGACUGCACGGGAACAACUCCUAAAAACUUUCCAGCGGCAUUUCGAACAAGCUUCUCAAUCUCGCGAUGCUACUGCUACAAGCCGCUUUUUUAAGCUAUUUCCAGUCAUCGACUGCCAAGCCGAAGGUUUACAGGCGUAUUCAUCUUUUGUUGUGAAGCUCAUACGUGUGCAGCCCAUGGUGUUUGACCAAACUACGUCCUCGCACUAUUUCGUGGCUGCACUUACUGCUUUAUUUGAGAGUAUAGCUAUGAUAGUGGAUCAGCAUCAAUCUGUUGUUGAGAAAUAUUAUGGUCCAGGGAGGAUGCUAGUUGUUUUGAAGAGCUUACUGGGAGAGUGUGACUGCGUUGUCGAAGAAUUUAUUCAAGGGUGGAAAUCAAAUAGGUACAUCAAACAGAAGCUUGCAGACGUAUCCAGAUCUCCUCUGUCCACACUCAAUACAUCAUCACAAAAGCAAGCUUUCCAUCAGGUUUCUGUAGAAGACGAGGUUAUCGACCCUCGCGAGAUAGACAAGGCAUCAACUGAGAUAGCCGGAAUGGCUGGUCGCUGGAGCCUAUUUCGCAGGUUCUUGAUAGAACAACUCACGGACAACAGCGCUAUAGACGAAGAUCGGGACGAGAUUUCUGUUAAAACCCAGAGUCAGGUAACUUCGGACGGCACUGAGGUCAUCCAGGCAACAGCUUCGGACGGAAUCUUCAACGAUCUAUUGACAUCAUCUUAUAUACCUCUGGAGAUCUGGUAUACACGCUUUGCCAUUCACAGAGCACAUCAACUGUCUAGUACUGGUGUUCCUCCGUUUCCAGCAGGAACGACAACACCCGAUGAUACCUUCUACAUUCUCAAGGUUGUCUUCUUACGCUUAUUAUCGACUGGCUCUCUCGGCACUAUUAAACGGACUACAGAGCUCCUGAAGGACAUUAUAGAUCGAGAUUAUAUCAGUGCGAUAAAAAUGAAACUUGACGAUGUGUCCCGCAAAGCAGGGACCACAGUCAAUGGCAUCCGUGGGGAUAAAACAGACCGGGAAUUUCGCCAUUCAUACGCAACACUCCUAAAUGAUAUCGAUGUAUCGUCUUUACACGUUGAUCGUCUUACCAGAGACCUUCUCCAAGAUCCUACAACAUUGAACUCAUUCCUUGUGUCCGAGAAAGAUACUUUGAAAAGCACUAUUUCUGGCCUAGAUGCCCUAACUCCAAAAUUGCGGUCGAGUCUUAGAGCUGGAGUGGAGCAGCUCUUCAACCAAUUUGUGCGACCCAAGCUUCGGACUCUCAUACCCGAUGUUUACAAAGAUAUGUCAUAUGUUUUGGACGAUGAUGGAUAUACGGAAGCACAUGAUCAAGACACUGUAAAGAAGCGAUUUAUUAGGCUAUGGGAGGGUUUGACAGAUGGAUACAAGGAAUUACUCACAGAUAAUAACUACCGAAUGUUGUUUGGGCUCGCACUUGAUGUGGUUCUUCCAGUUUGGGAAAGAUAUGUGAUGACACUACGAUAUUCUGAGUUGGGAGCAAUUUGUUUCGACCGCGAUCUCCGAUCUGUUGUCGCAUAUUUAUCGUCCCAGUCGAUAUUUGGGGACGUCAGAGAAAAAUUCACUCGUUUACAGCAGAUAUCAAUCUUACUAAAUCUGGACAGUGAUGAAAGUGUCGAAGGAUUCUAUAACGGGUCUGGUAUUCUCUGGGCGAUGAGUAUACAAGAUAGUAAAAAUGUCGUGGGUCUCAAGCUCGCAUGAUUGCCUACCCUUAAUAUGUAUAACCCCCUUUUAAUACAUCAUAAACGUCGUAACGCAUCCAGCCGAGCUUGUAAGGCAUCUUCGUCUGACAAGCCUGAAUUAUCAUUACCCUUCUCAUCAUCAUGACGAGGGUUUACAACGCCUGAAAAAUCUCCCAGUGCAACCGGUUGGCGGUCACUG